GUAUUUCGGCCGCGCUCGCGGAAGGUGAUUUCUUUAGCAAGAUGGCGGCGAGCGGCCUCCGGCGGGCUGCUGCUGCGGCUCCCACUUCAGUGAAGCCCGUUUUUAGUCGGGACAUGAACGAAGCCAAGCGGAGGGUGCGCGAGUUGUACCGCGCCUGGUAUCGAGAGGUGCCGAACACUGUGCACUUAUUCCAGCUAGACAUCACCGUGAAGCAAGGACGGGAUAAAGUCCGAGAAAUGUUUAUGAAGAAUGCUCACGUCACAGACCCCAGGGUGGUGGAUCUUCUGGUCAUUAAGGGAAAGAUGGAACUGGAGGAAACGAUUAACGUCUGGAAGCAGCGGACACACGUCAUGCGGUUCUUCCAUGAAACAGAAGCGCCGAGGCCAAAGGAUUUCCUGUCCAAGUUCUAUGUUGGCCCUGACCCAUGAAGUCACUCGGGAAAGGUGCAUGGUGGUAUUUAAGUAUGUUAGAGCACGAAUAAACUCCCCAUGUGAUGGUCACGUCCUAAUAGAA